UAAAAUAUCACGUGGAAGAGAGAGAGGAAACCGAUUUAAAAGCUCGCAUUUUAUAUCGUCUCUGCUGGAGAAGGCGAGUCUUAUAGUUCCUUCAGAAUGGGCAGUCUUCUCUCAGACGCAUCUGGACAACAGCAGCAUCGGGUCAUGGAGAGGUGUCCCUAGCUUUACCAACCCAUGCACGCGGAGGUCUCUGUUGUAGUUUCGGCAGAGAACGCUCGCUUAUCCGGUUUUUGUCAGCGGGAUUGCCGUCCUCAUUCAAGCGCACCGACUCAGACCAUCGGCUCCGCCAGAACCCGCAGGGGGCCGUGAGAGCACCGGGCCAGCGUGGGCUUCGUACGCACCGCAAGAGAAGAUGAAUAUCCAGGUUCUGCCAGAACACAAGCUCUCGUCGGUGGCCCCGCUGAAACAGUGCAAUGUGGAGAAAAAGGAGGUAGAACUGAUACUGGUGAAGGACCAGAAUGGCGUCCAGUACACCAGUUCCUCCAUCAUUCCCACCCCUGGCCACCGCGUAGGUCCUCCCGGAUCCACCUCUGACGAAGAACGAGAAACUUGGGGCAAGAAAAUAGACUUUCUCCUGUCGGUCAUUGGCUUCGCGGUGGACCUGGCCAAUGUUUGGAGAUUUCCUUACUUGUGCUACAAAAAUGGAGGAGGUGCCUUUUUGAUCCCUUACAUUCUUUUCUUGGUGAUUGCGGGGAUGCCAUUGUUCUACAUGGAACUUGCCUUGGGCCAGUAUAACAGGGAAGGGGCAGCUACAGUUUGGAAAAUAUGCCCUGUCUUUAAAGGUGUGGGCUACACUGUAAUCCUCAUAGCUCUGUAUGUAGGCUUCUACUACAAUGUCAUCAUUGCCUGGUCCCUCCACUACCUGUUCUCCUCCAUGACCAGCGAGCUGCCAUGGCUCAGAUGUGGCAACAGCUGGAACAGUCCGAACUGCACCGACCCCAAAUCCAUCAACGGAUCCGUCCUCGGCAAUGGAACUUCUUAUGCCAAGUACAAGAUCACCCCGGCAGCAGAGUACUACGAACGGGGUGUGUUGCAUCUCCAUGAGAGUAAGGGUAUCCAGGAUCUAGGCCUGCCUCGCUGGGAGCUGACCUUGUGUCUGGUUGUGGUGGUCUUCAUUCUCUACUUCAGCCUGUGGAAAGGUGUCAAGUCCUCAGGGAAGGUGGUGUACAUUACAGCCACGAUGCCCUAUGUGGUGCUUUUUGUGUUGCUGAUCCGAGGCAUAACUCUGCCAGGGUCCAUGGAUGGCAUCAGGGCCUACCUCCACAUCGAUUUCAAGCGGCUCAACAAUCUAGAGGUGUGGAUUGAUGCUGCCACCCAGAUAUUCUACUCACUAGGAGCAGGAUUUGGUGUGCUUAUUGCGUUUGCCAGCUAUAACAAAUUUGACAACAACUGCUACAGGGAUGCUCUCCUGACCAGCACUGUGAACUGCAUCACCAGUUUCUUCUCAGGGUUUGCCAUCUUCUCUGUUCUUGGAUACAUGGCUUACAAACAUGGGGUGAGAAUAGAAGAUGUGGCAACAGAGGGAGCAGGAUUGGUGUUUAUCAUCUAUCCUGAGGCAAUUUCUACACUGCCAGGAUCAACAUUUUGGGCUAUUGUGUUCUUCAUCAUGUUGCUGACUCUGGGAAUUGACAGCUCGAUGGGAGGCAUGGAGGCAGUCAUCACAGGCCUGACGGAUGACUUUAAGAUCCUCAAGAGAAACAGGAAACUCUUCACCUUCAUCACAGCCUUUGGAACCUUCCUGGUUGCCCUGCUCUGCAUUACUAAUGGUGGGAUCUAUGUGCUGACCUUGCUAGAUAAGUAUGCAGCAGGGACUUCUAUACUAUUUGGUGUGCUGAUUGAGGCCAUCGGAGUGUCAUGGUUUUAUGGUGUGGACCGCUUCAGCGAAGACAUCGAGCGAAUGAUGGGCUUCAAGCCAGGACUCUACUGGAGGCUGUGCUGGAAAUUUGUCAGUCCUGCUUUUCUUCUGUUUGUGGUAAUAGCCAGUACUUUGACAUCGUCAGGCCUAAAGUAUGAUGACUACACCUUCCCUAACUGGUCCAACCUAGUUGGCUGGGCUGUGGCCAUGUCCUCCAUGCUGUUUGUCCCCUUCUACGCUAUGUAUAAAUUCUUCAGCGUACCAGGAACAUUCAGAGAGAGGAUAGCCUAUUGCAUCACUCCAGAACAUGAACAUCAUUUGGUCGCUGACGGAAAUGUACGGCAAUUUAAACUCAGACACUGGUUGGCCAUCUGAUGACAAAUACCCAGAAUUCCCUCAUUCAUCCUCACAUCUGGUGUUUGGAGUUCCCGUGUGCCACGAGUGGUCAGACACACGAGGAGAUCAACAUGCUCCAACCUCUCUCUCAGCAGACCCCCCCCCCGCCCCCCCGAGUAGAUUUACCACCUAAGGCUUUUGUUGUCAAUAGCAGCUUCAAGCACUUUGAUUUCAGUUAUGCCUGUUAAUAUUCUGAAACCAUUCUACAGCUAUGGCUCAUAAGGGAGGGGCACCCCGUGUGGAAAAUCUACUGUUAUUUGCCCAUGGACAUCAUUAUGGUUUUUAUAUACUAUUUCAAUUAUUAUUAUGCUAUUUAAUUCCUAUAGUUUGUGACGUGACUAUUACCUCCUAGAAGGGAUAGAAAGUAAAAUAAAAACCAAAACAAUCCCAUGUCCCUGUGUAUUACUAUACAGGAGACCAAAAUAUUUCAAUUUUUUCAAACUUCUUUUUAGGCCUGUGAUUAUUUAUUAAUACGUUAUUAUUGUCACUUGUUGCCACUCUGUUGGCUGAGUGGCUUAUUUGUGUCAGUGCCUUAUCAAGCGAGACACACUUCUUACAGUCCGUAUAGGAAGAAAUAAAAAUAAACUGUGUUGACUCAGGAACCCACUAAAUCAAACCACAGUUUGUGGAUGGCUCAGCUCGAUUUUGACCUAGUCCUUUGAUAUUUAACUCAAAGCGCUGGAGGUCAACAGAGCAUCAAGGUCAAGCUGCUUAGCAAAUAGAAAACAGGCCUGAUAUAAUGCUUUUGUGUCACAUUGUGUUACAGAAAAGGGAAUAAUGCAUGCAUCACUCCAAAGCUUUAAAGACAUAAACUGAGGCAGGCUUCAUGCACCUCUUAUGCUUUGAAAGGUCAGACUCACAAUCAGGCCUUAAUCUCAAAGACAGAAUAAGGCUGAACCUGAUCAGUGCCUGGCUGCUUACUUAAGAUGCAGGGGAAAAAUUCAGCAAAACAAAUGGCAUAACUGUUACAAACAGGUUUGUAUUAUUGUUGCGUGACUUAUUUCCCAAAUUUUCAUCUGCUCAGUCCUUCUAAGGAGCAUCUGUGGUUUUCCACUUUCCACACACAAAAGUGAGAGAGAGAGAGAGAGAGAGAGAGAGAGAGAAAGAGAGAGAGAGUGUGUGUGUGUGUGUGUGUGUGUGUGUGUUCAGAUUUUGUUGCCAGCCAUACAGUAUUGCUGUUUGAGUACAGUACACUGAGGAGUGACAACUGUAAAAUGCCUCUUUCACUGCACUGUAUAUCAACUAUUAUGUUAAGUGCAUGACAACACCUCUCAUACUUUCAUCAACAUAUCUUGUAAUGUUCCUCUUUUUCAUCACCAUAGAAGUGCCAAUAUGUUCCUUUAGGAAUGUUUUUGAUUUUCUUCUUCUGUUUUCUCUUUUUUUUAUUAUUAUUAUUAUUUAUUGGAAUGAAGUUGAAGUUGAAUUUUAACCUGGAAUCAUAACAGAACACCCUUACUCUGAAAGGAAUAAAGCCACAAAGAAAAAAAAUCAAAUAUAUGUGGAAUAUAUAAGAAGAUAUAAAAAUAUAUAAAUAUAUUCUUUUGUUAUAUCUAAUCUUGUAUUUAUCAAAUUGUUUAUAACAAAAACGUGAAUGUAAAGUAUUUUAAACGUAACUGUCCACAGUCAUAACAAUGUGUUUGAUGUAGAGCUAAGAUGAACUAUUUAGAAAAAAAUAUUCUUCAGUGUAACCGUGGGCUACUUUGUCAUAUACGAAUGUGAACAAAUAAACCCUGGCUCUCCUGGACUAUGUUUACAUAAAUACUGUGUACAAUACCAAUGUCCUGUUGAACGUGAGUGACAACUAUCUAUGAAGAAGUCUGAAGUAUUAACACUAUGAUAAUAAAGAAUUUCUU